AUGGCCACAGAAUGGCGCAGAUUACGGUUAUCGCAAGAAGAUGUGCCUCCGCUGCUGUGUCAGUACACAUGGACCCGCCAAGGCUACGAGCUGUACGUGACGGACUUGACCUCCAUCUGGUCUGAACGACUGUCUCUUAAAGAGAUUUUGAAGCGAGCGGAUGAGAGCGCCACCACGAUUGAUCCUAGUGAGGGUUUGGACCAGCUUGAUCUUCUACUCACCAAGAUCGGAGAAGCUCUUCGUGGCGACGGGGGCACUGCGACAACAAUAAACACGGUUACCACUCCGGAUUCUCUCGAACUCAAAACGACCACCAAGUUGCCCGCUCCUUUGAGACCGCUCAAAUGGACGCUUCGGGUAUUCAAAGAGCCUGCGUCCUCUAUGACCACAAAUGUAAUUCUGCCCCUGUUACGAGGCGAGGCAACCUGGGAAUCCCGUCAGCGAUCCUUACUUGAUCAGCUCAAGCAGAAGGACUGGGUGCUAGGGAAGCUGUUUGAUAGAUUUGAAGCACUAGGAGCAGAUCUAGGAACUGUUUUUCCUGGUGCAGCUGGCAUGCGCACCGCUCGAAAGGGCAGCUCGAGAUCUGAGGCUGCCAAGUUCAUCAAAGGUGUUGCGCCGUUUGAUGAGCAUACUUGGCUCGCCGAAUCUGCAGGCUCUUCCUCCGGCACCAAGGUAGCUUUCAACCUCGUUCAUGAGUUCACAGGAUCAGGCAGGGGCCUCGAUCUUGAGAGACUUCGCCCGUCGCAAGAGAAGUGGUGGAGUGGUCUCCAAAGCCAUCCCGAGACCACUUCUUUUCGAGAGGAGGAACCAAAGAAGCCUUCUACAUCCCAAAGCAAAAUCAAGCCUGUUGAACCACAGUGUGACGUAGACCUGGACGAGGACACAGCAUCGGAAAGUGACAUUGAUGAGUUUGAGCAACAAGAAGUCAUCCCUCGACAGAGGGUACAAGAGACUGAAUCCGCGAUACCCCCACCGAAACAAGAGGCCAAAAAGAAGAGUCUAUCACCACCGCCCCAACCAGCGCAUACAAACGAUGGGACAGCAACCGAAUCCGAGCAUGAGCCUGAACUGGAACCCGAGCUUUCACCUCCGACUCGACGAAGACGUACACCGGCAGCUUCACCUCCUCUUGAACCCACUGCGCCAGACAUGCCAUCUAAAGAGCCUCCCAGCAAGCCCAAAAAGGGCCUCGGCGUGAUUGGAGGCAAGAAGAAGGCAGCAGAACCAGAGCCUCAACCUGAGAGUGCCCCUUCACCACCGCCCAAACAACCCUCCAUACAUUCCGAGGAUCAUACGUCAACCAUCGCAUCACCAGCCAAAACCAAAAAGUCUACAAGGCUGGGAAUGAUAGGCGGCAAGGCAAAAACGAAAGCAGCGACUCCUACCAAGACACCACCUGUUCAAGAGGAGUCUCCGGCUGUGGGCCCUUCACCUGAGCGAAAGACCCGUGGAUCAUCUCCAGCCCCCAUGCAACCAGCCACAGACCGGGUACCGCCCAAAAGGGAAUCCCGAGAGCCGUCACUGCCAGUCCAAGCACCAAGUGCAGCACCGGCUCCUGAAGAAACCGAGGCGCAACGAGCUGAUCGUAAGCGGGAGGAGCUUAAGCGGCAGUUGGAAGCGAAGAGUAAGGCGCCUGCGAAGAAGAAGCGGAGGUUUUGA